AUGUCUUUAUUACCUGUAAUUUGCAAAUCUACACCAAAAGCAUGGAUGCACACUGACAUUUUUGAAAAAUGGUUAAGGGAUUUAGAUACUGUUUUUCAAGUGGAAAAUAGGAACAUAUUACUUUUCAUUGAUAAUGCACCAUCCCAUACAGAUCCAGGUUCAUCGUUAGAUGAACAAUUGGAAAAUCAAGUAAGUGCACAAA